AGCAAAAGAGCUCAAGAACUUUACCGAAUCUGAGCAAAGGCACACAAAAGAGAAAUGUUUACAAAUUAUGAGAACGUUAACUGAGAAUUCUGACAGUACAACGGAACCACAAAUUGCGGAUAUACCUUUGUUACCUUCAGACAACUUUGCGCUGUUUUCAGGUCUUCUUAAACAACAUACCUUUGUGAGCAGAACUGAUAAAGCUACUGCAGAGCUGCGGCGAUAUGAAAAUAUUGAGGUAUAUUUUCAUACGGACUUCGAUAUAAUUAAUUGGUGGGAGGUACACAAAUGCGAAAUACCGCUGCUGCAUAAACUCAGUCCUAGAGUAAUAGCCACUCCUGCUGGAAAUGAUGCCACCUUUUGUCAAAUGAUGAUGCCCUUAAUCAGUUGGUAUUUUUGCAUUAUAAUAUGCAGUUAGAAAACCAAUAAAAUUAACAAAAAUUGUCUUUACAAAUUGUUUUUCUUUGAUACUUUCAUUAGAAGAAUCGAGCACUUGAUAGUGUGAAUUACUCACUCAAUUGACAAUGUUUUUUCAAUGCUAUCGCACGUUAUGUUUGGAAAUAAAUGAGUACGAGUGUGUGCAGAUGUGAAAAGAAAGCGAAUGACUUAAAAUGUAAUUUGAGUGUAUCCAUGCAGCUCUCUGGUAAAGAAGCAUUUAUGUACGUGUUGCAUAGCAUAAGAAGUGAACUAAAAGUUUUCCAAAGAUCUACCGCAGUCACUGAAAUAGUGAAACUUUCGACCACUUUAAAAUUUCUUGCUCAGGGCGGUUAUCAACACUCCAUUGGACAAGAUCGACAUGCCGGGCUGGCACAACAAACCGUAUCAACAUGCAUUUUAGAAGUAUGCAACGCGAUUGGAAAAGUUUUGUGUUCGAAACAUAUAGUGUUUCAUAUGAACAACCAAGAGAAAGUUGAUGCCAACAGGAGCUUCUACCAAAUGUGUGGAAUCCCAGGAGUUAUUGGAGUGGUGGAUGGGACGCACAUCCAAAUAAUAAGGCCGACAAGGAACGAACAUUUAUUUUUUAACCGCAAAUUAAAGCACAGCAUAAAUGCAAUGGUGGUAUGUGAUCACCGAAUGCGUAUUAGGGCUGUCAACGGAAGAUUUGGAGGUGCGUCACAUGAUUCCCAUGUGUGGAACUUGUCAAGCGAGCGGGAUUAUUUAAAAUCAAAUUAUGAGAAUGGCGAUAAAGGUGUGCGAAUCCUUGGUAGGUUCCUUUUAUAUGCGCUACAUCCAUUCACGAAAUCUUUUAUUGACAAUUGCUCUUCCACACUACCAUUGGUGACUCUGGAUAUCCGCUGGAACCAUGGCUACUAACUCCGUAUAGAAAUACUGCGGAAAAUUCUGACGAGCUGUUUUUUAAUCAAAGUUAAUCGAAAGGAAGAUCAAUAGUAGAACGAGUAUUUGGCGUGUUAAAAGGCCGAUUUAGAUGCCUUUGAGCUGCACGGGAGCUUCAUUAUGCUCCAGAAAAAGUUGUUAAAAUACUGAACGAAGCAACCUACAGAUAUUAGAACUGAGCCAGACGAAACUGUAACCGUUAAUGCUGAUAAUACAGAAGAAAUAAAUUUUCUCAACAUUGCUAGAAGAUUAAGAGAAGAAAUAAAAAGCAAUUUGGUAGCUACUCGAAAUUCCAUAUAAUAAGUAAACAUGAUUUUGCAAUAAAUAAUUUAUUAAAUUAAGAGAACUUCAGUCUUUCGUUACAUAGGAGCA